AUGGUUGUAACUAAAAUCGACAAUAUGGCAUCUUAUUCCACUUAUACGGGAAAACCGAAAAUAUUCUUCCCAAAGAAGGUACGUUCAGAGGAAAGCUUGCUGUCACCUACAAAGACGACAAAGAGUACACGAUGGAUACCAGAAUUCAACCUGGAUGGCAGCAACAGUCUGAAACACAACGGCAGUGCAAAAGACUUGGCUUCCGUGAUGGAGAACCUCAAGAAGAACAGCCUCGUCUCCCGCCAGAACCAGACCCUCAACACUCAAGUCACCAGCUCCUCUAAGCAGCAGAUGGUAUCGAGCACCACAUCAAGCAGUGCGGCGACCAGCCAGAGGGUUCAAAGUUCCUCACAACGCGCCAGCUCCAUGAAGUCUGACCUCACAGAACUAAAGAGUUCCAUCUCUGAAAUGAAAACUCUCAGCAACACCGCCGCUCUCAACUUCGGACAGAGAUUGAGAAGUUCGAUGGAGAAUAUAGUGGAUCAGGACGAUAUGAAGGAGCGUCAUAUACCAGAUAUCCGUGAUCUGAGUGAGAUGGGUGAUAUUGGAGACAUGAGUGACAUGACCGACCUGGCCGGCGACGGGCCGCUGGUCACCUUCCCAGAAUCAGACACUCCACCACCUGACAAACAGUGUCUGCUGGCUCCGAACUCAUCGUCUGUUGGUACGAACGCUGCUAACGAAUUGAAAUACAGUGCAGCUAGAAUGACAUCGGCCAGUUCGACUCGUGUAGUGACCGAUGGAUACAGUGCCUCUAAAUCAGCAGCAAAUAGCACCAGGAUGCGUCGUCUGCAGCAUGGAGACAUGCAAUACGCUGAACAUAGCGCAGCAGGAGCGUCCCACAGACUCUUACAAGCCGAGGGUCUUACGGCUGAACAGAAUGCUGCCUAUCAUCAAGAAAAGCGUUCUCUACAAGCGGGGGAAGUGUCAGCGCAGGAGGCGAAUAAUAUGUCCGCGACCAGUUCGAGACUACAGACGGAGGCUUUCAGUGCUGAGAAGAAGGCGAUGGCAUCAUCACAGGCGAGACAAACGGUCACUUCAAGUGGAAUUUUCAGUCACAAAGAACAUUCCAGCGUCGCUCACUCAAACAUGACCAUAUCCAGCAAGAAUCUUAGCACUAAAUCAACAUUACUAUCAUCUCAAAUGAGUCAAUUGUUGAAUGGAACAGUGAAACCGGGAGAUGAAGAUCUAUCCAACCUGACAUUCGAAGAUUUAGACAAAUUGGAUGCUAAAUCGAAUCAGAAGGACGUUGAUUUAGCGAUACAAAAAUAUUCACACAGGAUGAACGCUUUUAUAACGGCCAUAAAAAAUAAUCAGAUAGACAUGAAAAACGCUUGCGUACACUUCAUGAAGUUAAACGAGAUGGUCAAAAGAGCAUGGGCUGUUCCGACAUAUGGCCAUGAAUUGGGAUACUCGUUGUGCAAUACGCUAAGGUCAUCUGGUGGGUUGGAUAUUUUAAUGGCGAAUUGCUUGGAAUCUAAUAACCCGGAUCUCCAAUUCUGUUCCGCUAAACUAUUGGAGCAAUGUCUUACCACCGAGAAUAGAGAUCAUGUAGUACAAAAUGGUCUCGAAAAAGUCGUUAACGUGGCCUGUGUGUGCACGAAACAUUCGAAUUCAGUCGAUCACUCAAGAAUAGGUACUGGGAUUUUGGAGCAUUUGUUCAAACACAGCGAAGGCACUUGCAGUGAUGUUAUCAAACUAGGUGGUUUGGACGCCGUUUUAUUUGAAUGUAGAAAAAAUGACGUGGAAACUCUAAGGCAUUGCGCAACAGCUCUCGCAAACUUAUCAUUAUACGGCGGCGCUGAGAACCAGGAAGCAAUGAUAAAAAGAAAAGUACCGAUGUGGCUGUUCCCACUAGCCUUCCACAACGAUGACAAUAUCAAAUACUACGCGUGUUUGGCCAUCGCCGUUUUGGUAGCGAACAAAGAAAUAGAAGCAGCCGUUUUAAAAUCUGGAACCUUAGAUCUGGUUGAACCUUUUGUCACUUCACACAACCCAUCAGAGUUCGCCCGAUCAAACCUAGCGCACGCUCACGGACAGAGUAAGAACUGGCUUCAAAGAUUAGUACCAGUUUUAAGUUCAAAGAGAGAAGAAGCUAGAAACCUGGCCGCCUUCCACUUUUGUAUGGAGGCUGGUAUUAAAAAACAGCAAGGGAAUACAGAGAUAUUCAGAGAAAUAGGAGCUAUAGAAUCCUUAAAGAAAGUAGCUAGCUGUCCAAAUGCUGUAGCAUCAAAAUACGCAGCGCAGGCUUUAAGACUAAUAGGCGAAGAGGUACCACAUAAACUGUCCCAACAAGUACCUUUAUGGUCGAUAGAGGACGUUAGGGAAUGGGUAAAACAAAUAGGCUUCUCUGAAUACGCGAACAAUUUCUACGAAAGCAGAGUAGACGGUGACCUUUUAUUACAAAUAACUGAGGCAAAUCUCAAAGAAGACAUAGGUUUAAAUAACGGAAUCAAACGUAAAAGAUUCACGCGAGAGCUUCAGCAAUUAAAAAAGAUGGCGGACUAUAGUUCACGUGACACGGGAAGCCUUAACGAAUUUCUACAGAGCAUUGGUCCAGAAUAUACAAUUUACACGUAUUCAAUGUUGAACGCUGGUGUAGACAAGGAAUCAAUCCGUGGCCUAAGCGACGAACAACUGGAAAAUGAAUGCAGAAUAGGCAACAGUAUACACCGGCUACGAAUAUUAAAUGCCAUACGAGCCUACGAGAGUACAUUGCCUAGCAAAGGCGAAGAGAAUAUGGAGAAGAAUUUAGACGUUUUCGUUAGUUACCGAAGAUCAAACGGCUCGCAGUUGGCUAGUUUGUUAAAAGUUCACCUACAACUCCGAGGUUUCACUGUAUUCAUAGACGUAGAGCGAUUGGAAGCCGGGAAAUUCGAUAAUAAUCUCCUCCAAAGUAUACGCCAGGCGAAGCAUUUCCUUCUAGUGUUAACACCAAACGCACUGGAGAGGUGCAAACAUGAUAAUGAACAGAAAGACUGGGUCCAUCGGGAGAUAGUGGCAGCAUUGCAGUCACAGUGCAAUAUAGUUCCAAUUAUCGACAACUUCCAAUGGCCGGAACCUGAAGAGUUACCAGAGGAUAUGCGAGCCGUUUGUCACUUCAAUGGCGUCAGAUGGAUACACGAUUACCAGGACGCGUGUGUCGAGAAACUUGAAAGUUUCCUACGUGGCAAGUCUAACUUGGCAACUCGUCUGGAGGGUCCGCUGCGUGGUCGUGACGUGCCCACUCCCGGAACAGCGGCCAUGCGACCACCAAACUAUCAACGCAUGGUCUCUACAGAAAGUAGGGGCAGUGAUAAAGAUUGA